CGGCGCGCCACCGGAGCGGCUCACGCGCGGUGACCGCUUGAGUGCGCGUGUGUGUGAGAGAGUGCGCGUAUGUGUGUGUGAGGAUGACGUGAGAUGGCCGGUGCUACUCGGCUGGUCCUGGCGCGGGCCGCGCUGGCCUGGGCGCUGGUCUGGGUGCUGCUGGCGUGGACAGAGGCCUUCAUGUUGGAGGGGUCGCAACGGUCGUUCGCGCAGUUCCGCAAGUGGAACGCCGGCCUGAACGGCACCCUGGAACUCGAGUUCAAGACGCACUCGCCCAACGGGCUGCUGCUGUACACGGACGACGGCGGCACCUAUGACUUCUUCGAGCUGAAGCUGGUGGAGGGCGCGCUGCGGCUGCGCUACAACCUGGGCGGCGGCGCGCAGAUCCUGACGGAGGGCCGCGACCUCCACGACGGCCACUGGCACAAGGUGGCCGUGCAGCGCGCCGGCGACACCACGUCGCUCACGGUGGACAACGCCACGCAGACGCUCGCCUCCAGGGGCAAGGAGUUCGAGUUCGGCCGGCUCGAGUCCAACUCGGACGUGUUCAUAGGCGGCAUGCCCGCCUUCUACAACAACAAGCUCACCAUGCUCGCGCUGCCGUCCGUCAUCUUCGAGCCGCGCUUCGGCGGCGAGAUCCGGAACCUGGUGUACGCCGACGACGAGGGCGGCGUGCCGCGCCGCCAGGAGAUCCGAAUGAAGGACUUCAAGUGUACCGGCAUGCACUGCGGUGGUAGCCACGGCGGCAGCCACGGCGCUAGCCACGGCGGUAGCCACAGCGUAGGGCACGGUUUGGGCCACAGUCACUCGACCCAGGCCUCGACGCAAGCCCUGCACAGGAGCCCCUACGGCGCGUCCUUCCCAAGCCCUUCGCACAGCCAGCACAGGAGGGGGCUGCGCGGCAACGCGACGGACGCGUGCGAGGAGCGCGACCCGUGCCAGCACGGUGGCAUCUGCAUCUCCACGGACAGCGGGCCCAUCUGCGAGUGCAGGAACCUGGACUUCGAGGGCACCUACUGUGAGAAAGACAGAGCCCCGCCCGAGGCCACCUUCCGGGGCACGGAGUACCUGUCCUACGACCUGAGCCGCACCGGGGGCGAGCCCAUCGUCUCCACGCAGGACACCGUCAGCCUCAGCUUCAAGACCAGGAACCCCGGCGGCCUGCUCUUCUACACCGGCGAAGGGUCCGACUACCUGAACCUGGCCCUCAAGGACGGCGGCGUGGUGCUGUCCAUGAACCUGAGCAACGGUCGCGUCGAGCUAAGCGUCAAGCCCAACCGGGUGCGCUUCGACGACAACGCGUGGCACAGCGUGGUGGUGCAUCGUCGGGUGCAAGUGAUCUCCACGGUGACGACCUUCUGCCACGUGACGGUGAACGUGGAUGGCGUCUACACGGACCGCUCGCACACCGCGGGCUCCGUCACCAUCCUGGCCUCCUCCAAGGUGUUCGUCGGCGGCAGCGACAACACUGCCGCGCUGCCGGGCUCCAAGCAGGAGAACAACUUUGUGGGCUGCCUCCGGAAGGUGGAGUUCUCGGCCGACUCCAUGCGCCUCAGCCUGAUCGAGAUGGCGCGCACCGGCCAGAAGCUCAUCACCGUCGUCGGCCACGUGGACUUCCAGUGCCAGGAGGUGGGCGCCGGCGAGCCCGUGUCCUUCACCACGCCCGAGUCCUUCUUGGUGCUGCCGGCCUGGGACGCGCCGCGGUCGGGGUCGCUGUCGCUCAAACUCCGCACCAACGAGCCCAACGGGCUGGUCCUCUACAGCCACGGCGCCAACUCCAGCCACCCGGACCUGUUCGCGCUGGAGCUGGUCGAGGGCCACCUGUUCCUGCACCUGGACCUGGGCUCGGGCCCGCUCAAGGUGAAGGCCCCUCGGAAGCGCCUGGCCGACGGCGCGUGGCACGAGGUGUCCGUCAGCAGGGCCGGCCGCGACGGCCGCAUCACCAUCGACGGGGCCUCGGCCGAGUUCAGCACCCCUGGCAAGUCGACGCGGCUGGAGCUGGGCGGCGGCCUGGUGGUGGGCGGGCUGGGCCCCGUGCGCGGUCCGGCGGGCUGGCGGCACGCCACUGUACAGGCCGGUGUGCUGCGCCAGGGCUUCGUCGGCUGCCUCCGCGACCUCGUCAUCGACGGCAACGCCGUGGACCUCACCAAGUUCGCCAGCCACCAGGACUCGGGCGCCAUCCGGCCCAUGUGCCACGCCCCCGCCCCGGCGGCGCACUGCGAGCAGGCGGCGCAGGCCUGCAUGAACGGCGGCAGGUGCAGCGAGGGCUGGAACCGCUUCAGCUGCGACUGCAGCGCCACGGCCUUCACGGGCCCCACCUGCGGCAAGGAGGCGACCACCUUCACGUUCAACGGGUCGCAGCACGUGUGGGUGUCGGCGGGCGGCCCGGCGCGCAGCCAGGCCGAGGACGUGGCACUGCGCUUCCGCACCAAGUUCCCCGUCGGCCUGCUCAUGGCCACCAGCUCCGACACGGCGGCCGACCGCCUCGACCUCAUCCUCAGCGGCGGCCGCGUGCGCGUCACCGUGCGCCUGGGCGACCGGGAGAAGGCGCUGGUGUCCGGCGAGGGCCUCAAUGACGACCAGUGGCACACGGUGCGCUUCUCCAGGAGGGGCGAGAACUUCAAGCUCCAGGUGGACGACGAGGCACCCUCGCUGGGCUCCACGGCGCUGGCGCGCAACGGCGUGCUGGAGUGGCGGACGCUGCACAUCGGCGGCUGGCUGCACCUCGAGGAGGAGGUGCAGAUGACGUCGCCGGUGUCCAACUUCGCGGGCUCCAUGCAGCAGCUCACGUUCAACGGCAUGCCCUACCUGGAGAUGGCGCGCGCCCAGGUGCCCGUCAGCCUCGGCGGCCCCGGCGCGACGGCGUCCUCGGGCGGCGCGGCGCACAUCACCGUCACGGCGUCCAUCGGCAAGCGCGACAGCCAGCUCGUGCACCACCCCGUGCACUUCAAGUCCAAGCACACGUUCGUCGGGCUGCCCACGCUCAAGGCCUACAGCGUCACCAACAUCUACUUCCAGUUCAAGACGCGGCAAGCCAACGGCAUCCUGAUGUACAACGGCGGCCGCGACCACGACUUCCUGGCCGUGGAGCUCGUGUCCGGGCACGUGCACUACAUCUUCGACCUCGGGGACGGCCCGGUGCGCCUGCACGACAACGGCCACCUCGCGCUCAACGACAACAAGUGGCACUCGGUGACCAUCAGCAGGCCGGGGCCCCACGAGCACACCCUGCUCGUGGACGACGGCUUCAGCAGCGUGACCAGCAAGGGCAGGAACGAGAACCUGGACCUGGACGGGCUGCUGUAUGUGGGCGGUCUGCCGGAGGACAUGUUCUCGCGCCUGCCGCGGCAAGUCACCUCCCACCAGGGCUACGAGGGCUGCCUGGCCAGCCUGGACCUCAACGGCGAGUCGCCGAACCUCCUGACGGACGCGGCCAUCCAGAGCCCCCAGGUGGUGGAGGGCUGUGCCGGCCAAAACACGCGGUGCAGCGAGAACGUUUGCGCCAACCGGGGAGUGUGCGUCCAGCAGUGGAACUCCUACGCCUGCGACUGCGACCUCACGUCCUACACCGGCCCGAGCUGCACUGAGGAGUCGCUGUCGUACGAGUUCGGCCCCGGCCGCGGCCUCAUCACCUACGCCUUCCCGGAGGAGCGGCGCCCCGAGAUGAAGAGCGACGUGAUCGCGCUGGGCUUCAUCACCACCAAGGACGACGCCAUCCUGCUGCGCGUCGACUCGGCCACCAGCCAGGACUACAUGGAGCUGGAGAUCGUGGAGGGCAACAUGUUCAUGGUGUACAACAUGGGCACCAGCGACCACCCCAUCGGGGACAUCAACGUGCGCGUCAACGACAACCAGUACCACGUGGUGCGCUUCACGCGCUCCGGCGCCAACUCCACCAUCCAGAUCGACGACUACAACGUCCAGACGCAGCACCCGCCCGGCCACCAGCUGUCCGUGUUCAACAGCCAGUCCAAGAUCCAGGUGGGCGGCCGCUGGAGCGCCUCCAAGAAGAAGGUGGAGCGCGCCUUCUCCGGGGUCGUCUCCGGCCUCGUCUUCAACGGCAUCCGCGUGCUCGACCUGGCCGCCUCCAAGGACCGCCGCACCCUCGCCCGCGGCGACGUGCAGCCGCUGACGUCACUGUCGGGCAGAAAGCACGAGCCGCCGCAGCGCAUGCAGCAGACGUCGCCCUCCGCCACCACGGCGUCGGACGACCUGGUGUUCUCCGGGGCGGGCUCGGGCUGCAACGCGGACGACGAGGACGAGUGCACGCCCAUCGUCGACCCCAACGGAGCGGACGACCUCAUCACGCCGGUGUUCAUCCCGCCGACGCGCUCCCCCACGGCGGGGCGUCCGGGCCCCGGCGGCAAGGCCGGCCACGUCCCUGGCGGCGGCGCCGGCAAGCCCGUCUGCGACGACGAGGACUGCUUCGUGGGCUCCGGCUCCGGCGAGAUCACCGUCCCGGAGGAGAACGUGUCCACCACGGGCGCGAAAGGGUCGAGCACCCCGAGCAGCUCCAUCACCACGGACGCGGACGUCGGCACCACCUUCUACGGGCCGGGCACGGGCUCGCCGGAGUCGCCCUACGGCGGCAGCUACACGCCGGGCUCCACGGGCCACGUGUCCACCACCACCGUGGGGGGCGUCGGCUCCACCACGCAGGCCGGCAGCAGCCCCGGACUGCCCCCCGGCCCCGGCCCCGCAGCGCCCGACGGCACCGGCGUGGAGACCCUGCCGCCCUCCACCACGUUCGCCGGCACAGAGCCGGGCAGCACUUCGGGCUCGACGCCGAGCUCCACCUCGACCCAGGGGACAACCAAGUCGACCACCACGUCCACCACCACGACCACAACCACGACUACGACCACCGAGCAUCCGCGCCUGCCGCCCACAAUCAUUCCGAGACCGCCACCCACGCCAAGGAGGCCCGGCCACGGCAGGGACAACAGCCGCAUCUCCCCGGAGGCAGGCGAGACAGCGGCCCUCAUCAUCGGCGUCAUCGCGGGCACGCUCAUCGCCAUCAUCCUCAUCGUGCUCAUCAUCCUGAAGGUCAAGAGCCGCGGCGACGGCGCCUACAAGGUGGACGAGUCGCUGGGCUACGCGGGGCCCGGCCACUCGCCACAAAAUAUAUUGUACUCCAAACAAUCUACACCAUAUCGAUUUUUUUUUAAAUACUCAAAAUCUGACUUAGACUGA